GGAUAUUUAAUCUGGGUUAAAAAACAGAAGUCGAAGUAACAAAUUUAAGAAGUAAACGAAAAAACAAACUGUUCUUGUUGUUGUUUUGCUUGGAAUAAAUAAACGUUUAAAUUGUAGUAGCCUGACAUAUUUCGUCAGGGUGUCGUACUACGUUUCUCAGGAUGGCAAGCCCCGCAAAUAUGUCGUUUGCUAAACAGCAGAAGCUGACAAUGGAUCCAGAGAAAUUGUUUACUAAACAGGAAAGAAUUGGUAAAGGGUCAUUUGGGGAAGUUUAUAAAGGCUUGGAUAACCGGACAUCAGAGAUUGUGGCGAUAAAAAUCAUUGACCUAGAGGAAGCUGAAGAUGAAAUUGAAGACAUCCAGCAGGAAAUAACGGUCCUGAGUCAAUGCAACAGUUCCCAUGUAACAAAAUACCACGGAUCCUAUUUAAAGGGAACCAAGUUAUGGAUUAUUAUGGAAUACCUGGGCGGUGGCUCAGCAUUAGACUUGAUGAAAGCAGGUUUUUUUGAAGAGCCUUACAUUGCCACGAUACUGAGGGAAAUAUUGAAAGGUCUUGAUUAUUUACAUGGGGAACGAAAACUACACAGAGAUGUGAAAGCUGCAAAUGUUCUGUUGUCUGAAAACGGUGAAGUGAAGUUGGCUGAUUUUGGUGUGGCUGGUCAGCUUACAGACACACAAAUCAAACGCAACACUUUUGUGGGAACACCAUUCUGGAUGGCUCCUGAGGUUAUAAAGCAAUCCGCGUAUGAUUUCAAGGCCGACAUUUGGUCGCUGGGGAUCACCGCGCUUGAGCUUGCAAAGGGGGAACCCCCUAAUGCGGACCUUCACCCGAUGCGGGUCCUCUUCCUCAUCCCCAAGAACAAUCCUCCUGCCCUGGAGGGAAACUACAGCAAAGAUUUCAAAAUGUUCGUGGAAGCAUGUCUCAACAAGGAUCCAAAAUUUAGACCACCAGCAAAGGAGCUUUUGAAACACAAAUUUCUGAAACAAGCAAAAAAGACAUCUCAUCUCGUGGACUUAAUCGACAGGUAUCGAGUUUGGAAAGCGAAUAACAACGAUUCUGACAGCUCUGGGGACUCAGACAAUGAUGAUAAUGAAGAGCGGGAUGACAGCGAUAAUACUUGGGAGUUUGACACAAUCAAAGUACCCGGGAACAAAGUCCUGGAGAAUGGAAUCGCAAAAAUGUCAAUGAAUCAAACCAAGCAAUCAAAGUCACUCACUGAGUUACUUACACCUCUUGUAAAACAGCUGAAAGAAAACAAAUUUGAGAACGAGACGCGUCAUGCUGCUCUGGACGCCAUUCUAAAAUCACUGGAACAAGCAGAGUCUAAAUGCCCGGGUAUUACUGAUAGUUUGGUGGAUGGUAUCGUUACAAGGUUCAAAAAAUACAAUUUACCGAAUUCCACGCGAUGAAGCAAUUUUCUGAUGUUUAUCUUUCCAUAUCUCUUUCUGGUUCCAAUUUCUCUUCAAGUAAUUUCUAAUUUACCGAAAAUCUCCCAACAACUGCCAGUGCUUCGGGAACAAGACAGAAUCUUCAAAAGUUUCCAAACCUGAGAUGAUUCUGUUUAGUUCCACAGUUAGUCAUGGCAGUAUCAAACCAACAAUCAUAACAAGCAUCCAAAAUUGUGAAUUUCAGGUCAGCGGAUUCUGCUUGUUAAUUAUAAGUACUCCAGGAGCAGGUAUUGGAUAUACUAAAUUUACGAUAGUUCAUUUUCUAGGCUAUUUUAUCUUAGGCCAGCUUAUGUUAUAAAUCAGACUACCAGUAAUUAUGCGGCAGUUAAUUGAAAAACUAAUUUUUCGUGGAAUGUACAAGUCGUCUGCAGCAUGACAUCUACCCAGCUUGAAUCUGUGCAAUUUUAACCUCUGUGCCUUUUCUUUGCUUCCAAAACAAUAUCACGUGCACUGUGCCGCGACUUUGGCCGAGAAACCAUUAAACAGCUUCGGGAAAUGCGAGGGGCUCGCAACAUAAUGUAUCCGUGGUCGGGUACGGCCACCAUUGUAUAAACCGUGUCGAAAUUAUAUUUUGUUCCCUGGCUGUGUUAAGCGUGCUACUCAAUAUAUCUUAAGUCCUAAAAAGCUCCACGCUGUUAAUGUGUGAAUGUAUAAAACAACGGAGCGGGUUUUCAAUGCGAAAAAAUAUCCCUAUGGGAUCUUAUGCUGUGGCCCGCUCCAAAUCGUUGUUCGUUAUUUUUACUGAAAUGAUAUAAUUAAAUUGUAUUAAACAUAUUUCAAAGAUA